CUGAGUGUACUGUUGGGGAUAAAACUUCAUGUCCCAGGGAUCUCGGCUCCAGACCUUUUAUGAACAAGGAGAAGAUGGCAGCGCCUUCGAGCCAUGCAUGUUCCGCUUUAGAGCGGUCUAUACGCCAGCGUGUACCUCCACUGCUCACAGACCUUUAUCAGUUUACCAUGGCAUAUGCCUACUGGCGGGCUGGCAGACACAAUGAGCCCGCCGUCUUUGAGUUAUUCUUCCGGGACAACCCGUUUAGCGGUGGCUUCUCGCUCUUCUCCGGUCUCCACGACUGCCUCCUGUUCCUCCGAAGUUUUCGGUUCACAGAAGAAGAUGUGGCGUACCUGCAGUCGGUUCUACCCCCUGCCACGGACCCGGCCUUCUUCCACUUCCUGCGAGGGUUGGACUGCUCUGAGGUCACACUCUGCUCCGUCCCCGAGGGAACCGUGGUCUUUGCCAGAGUGCCACUGAUAGAGAUAUCGGGGCCUCUAGCCGUGGUUCAGCUCCUGGAGACCAGCCUUCUGUGUCUAGUCAACUUUGCCAGCCUGGUGUGCAGUAACGCGGCUCGUUUUCGUCUAGCGGCGGGCCCCAAGAAGAAGCUGCUGGAGAUGGGUCUGAGGAGGGCCCAGGGCCCCGACGGAGGCCUCACUGCCUCGCGCUACGCUCACAUCGGCGGUUUUGAUAUGACUAGUAAUGUCCAGGCUGGCUUCCUGUUUGGUGUCCCCAUGGCAGGCACCAUGGCACACUCCUAUGUCACUUCCUUUUCCUCCCUGGAAGAGGUGUGGCCUCAGACGCUGGUGGCGGCUAACGGAGACCAAGACCCCAUCGACCUCAUCUCGCUGACCAAGGGUUGGCUGGGGCGCCUCUGUGAGCUGCUGGGGGCGGAGCCUGGGAAGAUCAGGGAGGGGGAACUGGCGGCCUUCGUGUCGUACGCCAUCGCCUACCCCCACAACUUCCUGCCUGUGAUUGACAGCUACAGCGUAAGCUGCAGUGGCCUGUUGAACUUCUGUUCCGUGGCCCUGUCUCUGUGCGAGCUGGGCUACCAGCCACUGGGCACCAGGCUGGACAGCGGCGACCUCUGCAGGCAGUCGGUGGAAGUGCGCCGCAUCUUCCGGCUCUGCGCCGAGCAUUUCUCCCUCCCCGCCUUCCAUUCCCUCAUCAUCGUCGGCACCAACAACGUCUCGGAGCUCAGCAUGACGGAGCUGAAUAAGAAGGAGAAUGAGAUUGACGUGGUCGGUGUUGGAACACAUCUGGUCACCUGCACGCGACAGCCGUCACUGGGAUGCGUGUACAAGUUGGUGGAGGUGAAGGGGAGCCCCAAGAUGAAGUUCAGCGAGGACCCAGAGAAGAGCACCGUCCCUGGGAGGAAAGCCGUCUACAGGCUGCUGGACGACGAUGGUCACCCUUUUCUCGACAUGCUGUGCCUGGCCGAGGAACCCGCCCCUAAAGCGGGCGUGGCCGUGAGGUGUCACCCUCUGGGGCGGGACAAGACCUGUCAGUCUGUCACGGCGGCCCAGGUGACCCAGCUGCGCCUGGACGUGUUCGUCUGCGGACAGAUAACGGAGCCCGUGUGCAGUAUUGUGGAGACGAGGGAGAAAGUGCAGAGCUCCAUCCGAACCCUGCACCCCCGUCACAAGAGACUGCAGGAGCCAGACCUGUACACUGUGGCGGUGUCCGAGAAACUCCAUAACUUGAUGGCUGUGAUCCGAAAAGGCAGCGUCAACGACAGCAACUUCCUGCUGGCGAACUGAGACUGGGUGGGGGGGG